CUGGCUGGAGCCCGAAUGUCGCCGGCUUCGCUCGACGCUGGUGAAGAAGCGCUAGACGUGAAAACAGCGCCAUUUCUGUCGGCGUCCAUGAUACGCGCUGCUGCCGCAGCGGAUUCCAGAGCUUGAGCUCGGAACGGCAGCGGGAGAGAAACAGCCGCUCCCUUUUCGCUGCUCCUCUCCACUUCAGGCCACGGCAGGUUGUGCCGGUGAAGUCAGACAGUCCCAAGAUGGACCCCGCUGACUAAACACGACGGGAACACGUCUGGAGUUCUGCUCGGCAGCUGAGAUCUUUCAGCAGCAUAAGCCAUGCCUUAUGAGUAAAAUCACCUUUUUUUGCUUUAAGCAAUAAAAAGAAAAAAAAAUCCUCCCCAUGUAGAACCCCUUCAGUCCGUCCUGCUGGAGUGACAGCCCCCUCAUCCAGAUAGGUUCUGCCUCGCCGCUCCUCUCCACCCACCGCCCUACAGGAACUACUGUCACCAUGCUUCUCUGCCUGAGAAUGGCCAACACCUGAGGUCCCAUGCGUCCAGUGAGCACCGAUUCAGACGGUCCUGCUCCUCCUGAGAACCUGUCCUGCCCCUACCCCCUCGCGGGGCCCCUUCCUGCCUCAGAGAUGUCCCUGCUUCAGUCGCUGGGUCCAGUUCAGAGCUGGCUUGGCCAGGAGCUGGAGAAGUGCGGGAUUGAUGCCAUGAUUUACACCCGCUACGUUCUCAGCCUUCUGCUGCAUGACAGUUAUGACUAUGACCUGCAGGACCAGGAAAACGACAUCUUCCUGGGAUGGGAGAAGGGAACUGGGAAGAAAUGGGGCAAGAGCAAGAAGAAAGGCGGGACCGACCUGAGUCUAGAGGAAAUGAAGAAGCAAGCCGCAGUGCAAUGCCUCCGCUCUGCAUCCGAUGAAAACUCUGGAAUUGAGAGCCUGGUUGAAGAGCUUUGCUCCAAACUUAAGGACAUCCAGAACAAACAGAAAGAAGAAAAGCGCAUUCAGAAGAGAUCUGAUGGUUCUCAGUCUCCGGAGAGAGCCGAGUCGCCCUCUACGAAGGACCAGGUGGAAAUGUAUUAUGAAGCCUUUCCUCCUCUGUCUGAGAAGCCUGUUUGUCUCCAAGAGAUCAUGACGGUGUGGAAUAAGGCUAGGGCCUGCGCUUAUUCAAGCUCCUCGUCUUCUGCAGCCCCUCAAACCAGCACAGACACCUCUUCCCCCAAAGACUGCAACAGCGACGGUGAAGCUACGAAAGAGCGAAACCUCGAGGCGUGCGGCGCCAUCACUACCGUGACCAGCGACAGAGGCCUGCAGCGGAGGAGCAAGAAGGAGAAGGAAAACCGAUACCACGGCGGUGCAGCGGCAGAAGGGAAACCUACUGGUCACUCUAAGAGACAGACUCGACACAGAUCUGAGGGCAAGUACAGACCCAGGUCGUCGUCUUCUGGCUCUAGCGAGGCAGGUUCCAGCUCGAGUGGGAACCAGGGCGACUCGAAGUCCUCCAGAAGCAAAGCAGUUAGAAUAAGGCACAAAUCCAGGGAGGCCACAAACAACAAGAGAACACGUAACAGCAGCACAAUGGGCGGUGCAGCCAAACAACCACAGCUUUACAAAAAGGUGAAGAGACCGCUGAAGGAGAUUCGUAAAGAUCCAGGCUGGGCGGAAGCUAAAGAGUCCGGGGUGGAGGUCAGAAACAAGAAAGAGUACAUGGAGGAGCCUCUUUGGUACACGGAGCCCAUCACCGAGUACUUCGUACCAUUCAACAGCCGACAAAGCAAGCUGGAAACAAAAUAUCGAAGUAAGGUAGGCUCUCCAGACGAGUUGGGCUUGUCGGGUGACAUCGAGACUUUGCCAGAGAAAAUCCAGGGAAUCAGCUUGGCCACCGAAGGCUGCCACAGAGCCUACUUGGCAGCAGGCUCUUUUGUAGAUGGGCACUUUGUGGAAGGGCCUGGCAAAGCAGACGACCAUGAAACCGCUGACCUCACCAGAACUUUGGGCUGCCCUCAGCCAGAGGAUAGCAAAGAUUUAGAUGACAAGCAUCUGUCCGAAUUCACUCACUUCUAUGAAGUCGACAUUUAUCAAUCCAUAUUGGAUACUAGUGCCUCAGACGCGAUACAAGAGAGUCGGAUCCUAAGCAUGAUUCGACAGAAAAGCAAAGAGCAAAGAGAUGCUGAGGCAGAAUGUUGUUUAGUGUUAGACGGCCUUGAGCAGCAAGGGGAAAGUGCAAUACUGGCAGGCUCACAGGAAGCUUCAGGAUCUGUUGGGUUUUUAACGGAGGAUCUGGAAAACAUGGUUCAGAUGUGGGGAUGUUAUUCACCAUCCACCUCUGAGGAAGUAGACGGAGAAAGCUUCGUGGCGGAGUCUCCCGUUCGGCUCUCCCCUCUUCUGGACAGUGUUUCACUGACCCUUAGCAAGCUACCCAAACAUCUGGAGGAGACUCCUGUCUCUGAAGCUACCAGCGACCCGUCUGGUUUGAACUCAUCCUGCUUCUCUGUGUUUGAGCUGCAGUAUGACAGUCCCACUUUUCCCUUUCCCCACGACUCGAUCACCGUCGGUCACGAAAACACCACCGACUCCAGCAGCUGUCUCGACCCGCAUUCGAAUAAACAGUCCCGCUUGCUAAUAUGGACCAAAAAUAGUGCCUUUGAUGAAACAGAACACUGUUCAAAUCUAUCAACACGAACUUGCAGCCCGUGGUCCCAUUCGGAGGAGACCCGGUCGGAUAACGAGCUGGGCAACGCCCCAGCAGAGGAAGCUGCUCAAAUUGGCAACAAAGAGGCAAAUUUGGCCAUCCUGCCUCUCUCCGGUACUUAUCUAGAAAGUGAAAUCUUAGAGUUUUUACAGGAGGACUCUGGCAAAGCAUGUGAGAAGGGCAGCGAUAGCUUAGCAUCCAGCCAGACCUUCACCAAAAAGUCCAAAUUAGAGUCGGUGUGCGGCAUCGCACUGGAAGAGGAUGAGAGUAAGCAGUACAACACUGGCAUGUUUUCGGAAAACACAAACCAACAGAGUGACGAUUAUAGCUCAGGGAUAAUAAAAGACAUUUGGACUGCUAUCGGAGAUGAGAAGUCUGCCGUGUCUCGGCACGGGGUAGAAAAGCAGGGCAAGGGGCUCUUCUCAGAUGAGCCGGGCGCUUAUUGUUGCAACUGUCUAGAGGUCCAGACGAAAGAAGUUCCGGUUCAGGGACCCCUGAAAAAAGCCGUUCAGCGGUCCGAGUAUCACCUCUGGGAAGGCAAGAAAGAAGAUCAGGGCUUAGCCAAAAACAAACCCUCCAAGGUUGAUGCUGCUGGGGAUUACAUGACUCCGUCCAAGCCCUGGGACUUGAGCUCCGACAAGGAGAGUACAUCAUUCAUCCUUGGAGGGGUGUACGGAGAGCUGAAAACGCUGAGCGGCGAUAAGAAUUGGGCUGUUGUGCCACCAGGUGAGGCUCAAGAUAGCUUGUUGCAGUGUGCCGCAGCCGCCGCCUCUGUGUCCAGCUCAGACAUGCUCACCAUCACCGGCAAAGAUGUGUUGAUGAACACUGGCAGCCGCUUCGCCCCCGGGCACCGGCCCCUGUGGAGGCCUUUGGUUUCCUUUGGGCAGAGCGAUCAGGCCAGUAAAGGAGGCGGGGACGCAUUGAAUAAGGGAUUCUCUUUGAUCUUCCAUGAAGAUUUACUUGGAUCUUACAGAGGCUGGCGUAGUGAGGAGCAGGGUUUGAAGUAUCCGUUUGCAUCCUUGAAUCUGAACAAUCCCUUCUCUCAAGUCCUCCAUGUGGAGUGUUCGUUUGAGCCUGAGGACAUGGCUUCCUUCAGUCCAGGAUUCAAGCCCAAAUCUAUCCUCUGUUCGGACUCUGAGAGUGAAGCCAUCCACUCACGGAUAUACGGCUUCAACCGAACACAGUAUAGAGCCAUCCGCAUUUCCCCGAGGACUCAUUUCCGACCGAUAUCAGCCUCAGAGUUGUCUCCUAGAGGAGCGAGUGAUUCGGAGACGGAGACUGACAAAGAGGAGAUGAGUUUUUCCAUGGUGGCACCGGUGGAUGUGUUUGACGAUCCUCAGGCAGACCUCAAACCUCUGGAGGAGGAUGCAGAAUGCGAGGGCCCUUACUACGGGAAGUCGGAACUGGAAUCUGGGAAGUUUUUACCCAGAUUGAAGAAGUCUGGCAUGGAGAAGAGUGCCCAGACCUCUCUGGAUUCACAGGAGGGUCCUAGUACCCUUCUGCCAAUUGCUGAGCAGGAAAGUUGCUUAAACUGCGAGUCGGCGACCGCAUCAUCGAGCGCUGGUGAACAGGCGGACGUCGGCAAGAUUCAGAAAGAAGAGACGUCGGGAGAAAAGCAGUCCUGUUUAUGUUCACCAGCUGGUCAGAUCCCCAAGUAUGGGAUCGCUUAUGAUUACGUGGGCGAUGUGCCAGAGUUUCCUCUGUUGAACCUAAGUGGACAGGGUGGGAGGGGCAACCAGCAGGACGAGUGCUGGUGGCAGAACACGGUGUGUUCCCCCCUGUUCCCUGGAUCUCAGUGUGCAGGGAGCAGCAACAUCUGAAGUCUCCGGCUGUGCAGCGGAUGCAUGUCGCUGGAGGAAAGCCUCCUCUGCUUUUGGGACUGGACCUCUACCAGCAAAGAUUCAGGGUUCAUCUCAGAGCCGGCUAACCUAGCGUGGGCUCGUUUUCUGAAACCCCAACGCAUAACCCUGUUGGUUUUUCAUUUACUAACUUAAAAACAACCUCGUGUAAUCAGUCGGAUCAACAAAAAGAGUGAAAGUAGAAAUACUCCAAAAAGAAAAUACCUGUUCUGUCUUUUGAGUGAUGCCAUGAUUCUUCUGCACACCUUCCAGAGCUCUCAGUUAGCUUGUAGAGACGACGUUUCCUUCUGUCCUCGUCCGUUUUCGUUCCACCGUUUAGAGUUUGAGCCCCUGGUUCUGGUGGUCGCUGGCGUCUGAAUGGUUGUGCAUGUGUGUUCGUCCAGCCAGUCCCACUCUUUUGCUAGUUGGAUCCGAUGUUGUGUGAAACGACGGAUAUCACCGUCUCUAUUCGCCACCUUAAGCUCAGAAAGACGAGGGCGCUGAGGUUUUUGAGUUGAGUGUUGACCAGAAGCCUUUGUUUGGAUUUUAUUCUGAAAGGGAAGCAGAGAACGUGUGCAGCUUCCUUCUAAAUAUCCGUAACUUCCCUGUGUGUGAAAAGGUUUAUUGAAUGGUGAGUCUUUCAGAGGUUAGUAGUAGAAAUCUUGUGGUUUGUGAGACUAAAGUGAAACUUUUCAGCAUCAAAUACCAGAAAUCAAAGUUUUGUGGGGACAUUUAUUUAACAGAAGCCUACCGGUGUGUAAAAACAUAAAUCUGCAGGAGAUUUGGUUCAGAAACACGACUGAAGGUUCUUCAGGUCUACACUUGUGCUCAGAUUGCUACAGACACGUCUUUCAGCUCAACACCUUUCUGAAUAAUCGUGUGGAGUUGCAGCUCGGUAACACGUCGUUCUGUUUCUGGCUCCUGAAAUUCGUUUUUGAAAAAAGAAAAAACAGGAAAAAAAGUUUUGGUUUAAAGUGACUUGCUUUGUUUAUUUUAAGGUAAUCUCAUGAUUAGUUGGACCUUCAGAUAUUUAAAUCAGACAUUUAAAAGACCUUCUUGUUCAGAGAGAUGAGAUCACCAACUGUUACUGGGCAGACAUCCGACCCAAACUACCCGUAACUACUUAGGUUGCUUUUCCACAUGAGGCAUGUUUGUUUGUUGUUUAUGUUGUUGAAUUAUUGGUUUAAUGUCUCACACUUUGGCGCGUGCGUGUGCAUGUGUGUGUGUGACUUGGAGCCUGUGAAGACUCGGGUUUGGUUUGAGUCUUGAACUUUUAUCUCAGACGGACGCGACUCCCAACCGGAUGUUCACCAGGCGGCGAACGCGCAUGCUGCCGUAAAUCCUUUAAUACGCGAGCAGCAAAAACCCUCAGACACCUGCAUUAGAAUGUAAAAAUGUCAUUGGGUCAUCUUUUUAAUUGAAAACAUCAGUUUUGGGCUGCGUUGAGAGGACAGAGGGCCGUUCAGCACCACUCACAGGUGACGGAUGAGUUUUGCUGUCGCAGGUGUAGGGAUCUACUUUGGGCAUGGCUUUGGGAAAUGGCUUCUGCUUUAAAAUGUGCAGAGAUUGUUGCAGCCUAAGACUUAUUUAGGCUAAUGCAUCUUUUAAAAAAACAUAAUGAAAAAAAAAUAAAUCCCCAGAUCGUGGAAUGAAACAGCUUCAGGUCCUCGUCCCCCUUUUGUUUCGACAGUCGGAAACUCAGGAAUUUUUUAAGACAUGCUACACUCAGACCUGUGACGUUGUAUUGAUGCAUUAAUGUUUGUUGUUCUUGUUUAAUUCUUUUGAGGCUAACCUCUGAGGUGGCUGUCAUUAACGUAGAGCUAUAGUUGUCAUGGAAACUAAAGAAGCCAUCGUAGAUGCAUAAGCAGUGUGAUGGGGAUGCUACAGCCCUGAGAUCUAUGCAACACUUUGGCACAUUCAAGAGUAAACGCAGACGGGAGGCCAGCGGGGACGAACCACGGGCUGUCUCUGAGAAACAAAGCAUGCAAACUCCACACUCCCAUGUUUUCAGUUAGACGCAUUUUAGUUUUAAACAAAGUUGAGGUUAAAUCUGUGUGUGUGUGUGUGUGUGUGUGCGCGUGCGUGUGUGUGUGUGCGCGUGCGUGCGUGAUUGCAUUUUACUCCAUUCGAUUCUUCCAUUUUGAUCGCUUGUUUCAAAAUAAAAGGAAAACCAAACAUGUUUAAUGAGCAAAUAUGUUCCCGUGAAGGUUUUCAGACAGAUGCUGACGUGUUUUGAAGAACAUAAUCGCUGACGACAUGAGUUUUCCUGGUCUUCUCAUUCCCUCCCGCCACCCCCCAUGCUCCUGGAUCCCACCUGUCCCCAGUAGUUGUUCUGAUUUCAUGCACACCCUGAGUAAUUUAUUUUGUUUCGUUGUGGAUUUUCUUAACAUCUAAUAAAGGAAUAAACCAAACCUCAA